UUACUAACAACCUGUUAUUGAUACACACGUGUGCACUGUUACGUGUUGCUCAUGCGGAUUAGUUACAACGUGCUGCUCUUUUUUUACGGUCUAGUUUAAAUUGUCAGGUGUUUCAGCGGGAGGUGAUACAGAAGUCUCACGUUUAGUUUUCAAGAAUCUGAACAGACCGUCUCAGCCCCAUGGAAGCCCUGCAGGCCCGUAUCAGGCUGUUGGAGGAUGAACUGGAGCAACUAAAAGCCCAGAUGAGGAACAAGAGUGAUGCAGUAGAAGGAGAGAAAGGGACGACACCUGCCCCGAAGGCCCAGGAGAACGGAGGGAGCGGGAAGAAAAGGAAGAGGGCGUUCGACUUUGGCGCACACCCACGUCGCCAUGUGGCGCUGCGCCUGGCGUACCUGGGCUGGCAGUACCAGGGAUUUGCUGUACAGGAGAACACGGACAACACUGUCGAGGCCCAAGUGUUCGAAGCUCUGCUGAAAACCAAGUUGAUCCAGGAUAGACAGAGCUCCAAUUACCAUCGUUGUGGCCGGACGGAUAAAGGAGUCAGUGCUUUCUCACAGGUCAUAUCUAUUGACCUGCGCUCAAGUCAGUUCAGAGGUGUGGGUGUGACUGUUCCUGGUGUUGAACCUAAAGCUGGCAGUGGAGCUACAGCAGAGUUGCCUUAUGUAAAGAUGCUGAACAGAGUCCUUCCUUCAGACAUCCGGGCUCUCAGCUGGUCUCCGGUGCCCAGUGGGUUCAGUGCACGCUUCGACUGUCAGUCCCGAACGUACCGGUAUUACUUUCCCCGAGGGAACUUGGACAUAGAGCUCAUGGCUGAAGCAGCCAAAGGAUAUGAGGGCACACAUGACUUCAGGAACCUGUGUAAGAUGGACGUAGGUAACGGAGUUCUGCAGUUCCAGAGAACGAUCACAUCCACGAGCGUUCAGCCAUGCAAUCCCUGUCACCCCACACAUUUUGACCCUCAGAGACUUUACGUGUUCGAGGUCAAAGGUCUCGCCUUCCUGUAUCACCAGGUACGUUGCAUGAUGGCUGUGCUGCUUCUGAUUGGCCAGAAGCUGGAAGCACCAGAAAUCAUCAGUCAGCUAUUAGAUGUUGAGAACAAUCCCCGGAAGCCACAGUACAGCAUGGCUGUGGAUUAUCCACUGGUGUUGUACGAGUGUCAUUUCGAUGGCCUAAAUUGGAUUAGUGAGGCUGAGGAGGAGAGCCAUGUGCUGAGCUCUUUUCUCCAACAGUGGACUCAGACUGCAGUGAAAGCUCAGGUGCUACAUGGCAUGAUGCAUGGCCUGCAGAGCACAGAGACGGAUAAAGCAGCGAUCAUGCAGUGCUGCCUCAUGGAAGGAUCCCGACAGCGUAACUAUCGCCCACUAAUGGAGCGGCCGCGCUGCGAGAGUCUCGAAUCACGGAUUCAGCACUUUGUGAAAAGAGGACGACUCGAGCGCGAGGAAGGAGAAAGCGGGGAGGAGGGCAGUGCCGUCUUCAGGGGCAAGAGGUCAAGACACUCGCACCAAGCCAGCUCAACAAAUCAAGAGAACCUCCCGAGCCAAAAGGACCUCACUUUACAUCCCUCCUAAUAAUCAUUUAUCAAAUUUUAUGUUUACGAUGCACACCUCAUUGAAAAGAUGAUGAAUUGCUUGCGUUUGGCAAGUUUUAAUUGUUUCUUUUAUUGAAUGGUAUCUCUUCGCAACGCUGGUGUUAGUUGGGUGCAACUUAAGUCGAGCCAACUAUAGGCUUCAUUUAAAUCACCACUUGUGUUUUCUAUUUUCCAUUCUAUACAUUCAGGUACUUAAUAUUAUGUUCUGUAGUAGUUCAGUGACAUUAGCUGAUAAUGCAUGACUGUAUGACCUGUUGGCCAGUUAAAAAGGUUGUUUAAGCAAUGGUUUAGCUCUCCAGCAGUAUCUGUUUAGUAGCUCACAAACUUACAAUGUAUAACAAAAACCAGAGCUUUGUAUUUGUACAUUAUAAUUAUUUCAUCUGUUUAUUUGUAACUCCCUUUUCCAUCCACAUUAUUUUCAGUUGGAUUAAAAAACCAUCAACCGAG